AUGCAUAUGCGUGGUUUUUUAUUUGGUUUUCUUUCUUUCUUUCUUUCUUUCUUUCUUUCUUUCUUUCUUUCUUUCUUUCUUUUCAUUCCCUCUUUCUUUCUCCUUUUCUUUCUUCUUUCUUUAUUUCUUUAUUCUUUCUUUCUUUCUUUCAUGUUUAUUUGCUUGCUUGCAUUUUUCUUUCUUUCUUUUUUCGUUCCUAAUUCAUUCCCUCUUUCUUUCUCCUUUUCUUUCUUUAUUUCUUUAUUCUUUCUUUCUUUCUUUCUUUCUUUCUUUCUUGUUUCUUUGCUUGCUUGCAUGUUUUCUUUCUUUCUUUUUUCGUUCCUAGUUCAUUCCCUCUUUCUUUCUCCUUUUCUUUCUUCUUUCUUUCUUUCUUUUUCGUUCCUAGUUCAUUCAAUCUUUCUUUCUCUCUUUCUUUCUUCUUUCUUUAUUUCUUUAUUCUAUCUUUCUUUUCUGUUUGCUUGCUUGUUUGCUUUGUUUUUUGCUCGCUUUCUUUCUUUUCUAUUUAUUUCAUAUGUAACUAUAUUCUUUAUUUAA